CCAUCUCCCGAUGACCCCUCUCUUCGCUGCCGGUGCGCGGCCGCCGCCAACUCCGGCAAAAUGGAGGAAGCACCAUGUGGACGCUGCAACUCACGGUGCCGGACCAGCCUUUCUACUGCCAUGCUGUUCGGCAUCUACUUCCAGCCUUCUUUUGUUGUUGCAGCGAUCGUACCAUGCAAUGUGAGAUUGGCAUUCAAUGAGCUCAUCGGAGACACCGUGACCUUCGACGCUCUUGGGGGCCCAUACACUAUGCAGGUCGAGAAGGGGCGAAAGAUAACCCAGAUAGGAGGAGAUGAUUGGGAUCGUUUCAUCGCCCGCAUGCGUCUUAGUGGGAGUGAAUUGAUCAGCUUCUCCUUCAGAAGAGAUAGGCCCAGGAUUUCUGUUAUCUAUCUAAAUUGAUUCCGGAUAGUGAGGAUGAAGUUCAUGAGCAGGAAGAUGGUGCUGAUUCAGAUGAUGACGAUUCAGAUGAUGAUGAGAACCCACUUGUUGAAUACCUGUAUGCCCAAGGACUCAGACUGGGCGACGAGGAAAUCGGCAACCUCUGGGACAUGCUUCCGCUACGUGAAGACUACCUAGGGAAGCCAUUCGUGACCCGCCUCACAAGGACGAAUGUUAAACGGCAUAUCAUGGUAUGUUACUUAGUGUGGUAAUUACAUGAUAUGCAUGCUUAGUUAGUGUAGUAGUUCAUAUGAUAUGCAUGUUGUAGUACUGUGAUGAGAGGCCUAGUUUAGAAUUCAUUUAGUGAAGAAUUUUAUGACAUGCAUGUAGUGUAGUAAUAUGCGAUGAUAUGCUUAGUGUACGCAGUAAUCUAAUGAUAUGCCUAAUUACUGUAGUAAUUUGAUGCUUGGCGUAUAGUGUAGUGAUGUGAUGAUAUAUAUGCUCAGUGUUGAAUCC